CCAAGCUUUGCUGCGGACCGACUGUUAGCAGCGACUGUCGCUAGCUCUAAGCUAACGUUAGCGUAGAUUAUUAUCCCCACUGUGGGGUCGUCUUCAGUCAUUGGUUUGCUGGCAUUUUUAAGGCUGGCAUCACUGGCCAAAAAUGCAGAAAUAUGAGAAGCUUGAAAAAAUAGGAGAGGGUAAGUUUCAUACGCUUUACAUUUAGUUAAUAUUCGCUAACAUAGCUUGCAAAUGUAGCAUUCGUGUAGUUGCAUGACUACCAAGCUAGCAUAAGAUAGACUGAAUUGUGCCUACUUCUACUUCUACUCGUGAUAACUAUAAACAAAGCUGUGUGUACCGUUUUAUUUAGUAUAAUAUCUGUCAUGACAAGGUACAUGUAGAUUACUGACAGCUAGUGUUUAAGAUGUCAACGCUAGCUAGCAUUUGUUAGCUAUUAGCCCCUGAACGCUGCUAUGCCAUUCAUCAAUUCAACAACCACUAUGAACUGAUUAAUGUAUCAUAUGUAGGUACGUACGGGACAGUUUUCAAGGCAAAAAAUAGAGAAACCCACGAAAUCGUGGCUCUGAAACGGGUCAGGUUGGACGACGAUGACGAGGUUAGUAUUUAAGGAUAUUUCAUGACAUGCUAGCAGGUUGUAAGCAACUUGUGCUAAUCAAAGCUGGGUGUCAUUUCUCUCAGGGGGUGCCAAGCUCUGCUCUCAGAGAAAUCUGUCUUCUGAAGGAGCUCAAGCAUAAAAACAUUGUCAGGUCAGUCUGCUGUUGAUGUGAAUUUAACUUGUUAUUAUGUGGGGCAGACAGAUAGUGUUUGUCAAGCAGUUUGAAUGUAACCCUGAUGUCAACAAACAUGAAUACGAAGCUGUCUUGUCUUUUGCAGACUGCAUGAUGUUUUGCACAGUGACAAGAAGUUAACUUUGGUUUUUGAAUAUUGUGAUCAGGUGAGAUGAAGUCACCCCAAACCUACUACAUAUGUUAAUGUUUAUUAUGUCACUUUCCUACACUAACACCUUUUCUCCUCCCAAAUGCAGGAUUUAAAGAAAUAUUUUGACAGCUGCAAUGGGGAUCUAGAUCCUGAAACUGUGAAGGUGAGAGAGAGAAUCAUCCCUGAUUAACCACAAAGAAAGAUCAAGACAGGAAUGCAUGUCUUCUAAGGCAAUACCGUGUCAAUAUCAACUACAUCAAAAUCAAGAUCUAAUUUUGGGUUAUUGCCCAGUAGGUUUAGACAUACAUGGGGUUUGCCUGGUGUUUUAGUGCUGAAACAAAGUAUUAAAAGAAACUUGAAUAGAAUGAUUUGAUCAUUAAAACUAUCCAAACAUUCCAAAUUUCCCUGAACAAAAUAGUAAUUUCUAUAUUUGUCAUGGAGAGCUGUACUUCAGAGCAGGAUGAUGAAUAUAAACCACAAAGUGACACUUAUCUCUCUUAAAGUCCUUCUGUUUUGUGUUUCUUUCAUGCAGUCAUUCAUGUACCAGCUGUUGAAAGGUCUUGCUUUCUGCCACAGUCGAAAUGUUCUUCAUAGAGAUCUGAAACCACAGAAUCUCCUCAUUAACAGGGUAAGAGUUUCAAUGUGUUUGGACUUUGACUGUUAUGCUGGUUAAUAUUUGGAACUAUUUCAGAAAAUACUUUGCCCCUUGUUUAGUUUUGCAAAACUGUUAUGUGAAACUUGUAGUUAAAUUUGAGGUCGUGUUGAUGCUGCAUUUUAUUUGUGUUACCAUACUGUAGGAGGAUGUUUUAACCUGUGUCUCUGUUUGUAGAAUGGGGAGUUGAAGCUUGCUGACUUUGGGUUGGCUCGAGCCUUCGGCAUUCCUGUGAGGUGUUACUCAGCAGAGGUGGGUUAGACUUUCAGCACAACAUUUCUUCCACUUGAUAAUGUGUUACUUGGGUGUAAAUGUAUGUCACUCUCGUUCCAAGUAGGGGAUGUAUUUGUGGAGUUAUAUGAGUUUGAAUGCCAGUUGAGGAUUUUAAAUUGUGCACGAAAAAGGCUUUUAAAUCCUCAUGUUUAAUUGAUGGAUGUAAACAGCCUUAAAACAAGGUGGUUAAAUAUAUUUAUAGAUGUUAAACCAAACUAACCUCAUUAAUAAACUGAAUGUUUUCAGGCUAUUAUAAAGGUUUGAAGUCCUAACUUAAAAAUAAUGUUGGUAUAAAAGUGUGAGUACGAGGUGUUGGUAAUAUAAAGCUGCCUGCUUCAGAAGUAGAUUUGUUUCUCCUUUUUAAUUGGGCUGUGAAAAUGCACUUAUCCUUUUGACUUAGUCUGUGUUUGGGCAUUUGUUGCGCUGAUUUGUUUCUCAAACUUUCAGAAUUUUUGCUUUUACAUUUAAACAAUUAGAAAGAGAAGGAGAGAGAGAGAAAAACCAAAAGCACGUACUUUGAGCAGAGUGAGAGCUGUUUGUUGUUGCUGACGGCAUCAGAGAGAUGACAGGAAAGCCUCAGAUAGGUGGCUUUCGGUUGGCUGACCCAAGAACCCAGUGAUGAAAUCUCAUGAGAGGGUUCUUGACCCAGGGUGACACUACUGAUCUGAAAAUAUAAUAAACAAGAAAGCUAGAGGCAAAACAGAGUUUGAAGCAUUGGGAAUUGAAAAGAAGGGUCAGCGUAAGGGGUCAUUUCAUUUUAGAAGAUGUAUGUCCCAGAGACUUUUAGAGCUAUUUCAGCGAGUAGAAAUGAAUGUUUCUACUUGCCUGUUGUUUCACAUGACUUAAAAAUACUUGAAUUUCUUUAAGAAUGAGUAUACACAGAGAGCUCUUAUGAUGACGACAUGGGGGGUGGUAUUUAAUUAGUUAGAACUGUUACCAGUCAAGUCAAAUAUCCUCCUCUUUAAACCCGAACAAUUACUUUCAAUGCUACUCUAUUUAAUCAUCCUGCACAGUUUGCCACUCUUAUUUUGAAGCCCCACCGAAACAUCAUUCAACCAGAUGAUGUAAAAAUCUCUCAGUACUCACUGGUGGGUUGUGCCUUUAGAAAACAGUGCUUUGACCCCCCAAGAAACAUGCUCAAUUUAAAUUAUUCGUGCAUCACUGUUUUUAACCUUUUAAAACAUUUGAAUAAAUAAAACUGCAGUUCCAGUGAGUGAAUAUUUGACUUUCCAAUCUGCUCAGAAGCUAAAAGCACACACUGUUCCAGUUGGAGAGUUGACAGAUUGUACUUUAUUUUUCUAAGUGAGUGACUUCUGUAAAAGUUAGUUUUGAUUCUGCAGCAGGUGGUAAAAUAAUUAACAUCUGCGCUAAUCUGAACUUUUCAACUUUUCAAGUUGAAACAUCAGUACUUCCACCUGCUUUCAGGCAGCCCACACACAUGCUCUAGAAAAAAAAGUGUUUUAUUGAAUCCGUCUCUCUCUGUUCUGUGUCCGCACUUCAAAAAAUGGAUUUUCACAAAACCUGGAGCACAUUUCUGCAAAAUAUUCAGCACUGGAAAAAAGCAGCAGCUUGGUAAAAUGUCAGAAAGGUGUUUUGUAAUGUAAGCAGAUGGCUGAUGUAAGCUAAACAUUUAGUAUUACUGUAGCGGUGAUGCCACUUGCUUCUCUUUUGUGUAAUCAGUGUCUGUACAAAAUAACACCCACCCCCAGGGAGCAGUCAUUACACUGAAUUGCUGAACAGUUCCACUUUGUAACACUUAGCAAGAAUUAGAACAAUUACACCCAUUAUCACUUUUCUGUUUGAUUCGUUUUGUAGGUAGUGACAUUGUGGUACCGACCUCCAGAUGUGCUGUUUGGUGCUAAACUUUAUUCUACCUCAAUUGACAUGUGGUCUGCUGGAUGCAUAUUUGCAGGUCUGUCAUUGUCUUCAUAAACCAUUAUUUAACAGUGAUUUUAUUGUUUUGUUUUUUAACCUUUGCCUUUGUUAUGUAGUGUGGAUAGGAUAUUAGUAAAACAUUUUUAAUAUUAUUCAUCCAUUUGAGUGUAGCAUAUUUGAUUAAAUACAAAUGUUUACAAGGCUCAGUUUGUGUUUGAUUAAAGAAAACACACUUCAGUCAGUCUUCAGGUGUGAAACAUACUAGUUUAAAGUAAAGAGUGGUAAAGGGUAUACAGUAUUUAUUCAAAAUGUAAAAUUGUGUGAAAGGAUGAGGAAAGAAAAACUACAGAUAUAAGCCAUUUCAAGUUUGAAUAGUUUUAUCCUGCAAAUUUCUUGAAUUUUAUGAAUAAUUUUGUAGUUAUUGGGCUUUUGUCGUACUAUAUGUUCAGUUAAACUUGUGUUUUAAAAAAAGUAGUUUGUAUAGAAAUAGUUGAACCUCAGAAAUAAACCUAACUUUUUUACACUGAUUGUUUUUCUUUUGGUUUAUAAUUGUUCCUAUAUUCUGUUUAGAGCUGGCCAACGCUGGGAGGCCUUUAUUCCCCGGGAACGACGUGGACGACCAGUUGAAAAGAAUCUUCAGAUAUCUUUUUAAAGCUUCACUUUUUGACCACUGAAGUUUUUUCUACUGGUCUAAUAUGUGAUCAAUGAUUUACAAACAGUGAAUCCUAACAGGUUGCACAUCUCUCUUUGGCAAGAAGUUUUUCUUUAACCACUGGGUACAUUGUUGGGUACGCCGACUGAAGAACAGUGGCAGACUAUGACAAAACUUCCUGACUACAAGGUAAAUGAGUAAUGUCCAUUUUGAAGAUGGAGUUGACACCGCCAUGUGUUACAGAUUUUCAAAUCUAUUGUUUACUUUUUGCUGUUUCUACCUGCAGCCAUAUCCUAUGUACCCAGCAACCACUUCACUGGUUAAUGUGGUCCCCAAACUAAGUAGUACAGGACGGGAUCUACUUCAGGUAAUUUCACCCCAAACCUGCUUUUAACGUUUCUGUGUUUAUUUUUCUCCUCCUGACUUUCAGACACAUAUUCAAAUAACUUAAUAGUAAAUAAAGUCUUUACAUAUGUUGAGAAUAAAUAGAAGCAUUCUCUUUAUAUGGAAAGGUGUGGUCAUCAAACAGUUCUGUUACUUGGUUUAAAAUGAACCGUCAGUUGUUGCUCAUGUGCUGCUAAUGUUUACUAAUGACCAUGGUACCUAUGAUCUCUUUCAGAACCUGUUGAAAUGCAACCCAGUCCAGAGGAUCUCUGCAGAGGAGGCCUUGCAGCACCCCUACUUUGCAGAUUUCUGCCCACCCUAAAUGCUAAAUUGCCUCAGCCACCAGAAUCAAUCAUCCUUCUCUCUGCUGGGUCAUUAGGACCACUCUCAACAAGACAAAUCCCUCACCGGUUUUUCAAACACUCCCCUGCUAUAAUUCUGCUGUGCCUACGUGUGGAACAAAGUCUUAGCGGCUCUGCAAGGUUUUAGGUUAUUUUAUGUGGUAAGUCUGUUUUAAUUUGGUACAUAUAGGCCUCCUAGCCAAUUAGCACGAACACAUGGGGGCUUUUUGUGUUGUAUUGAAUAUACUUCUUACCUGUGGACGAGGUCAGCAAAAGCCCCUCUACUCCCAAAGACUCAGACAAACAACAUGAGGGGUUUCUUUCUGCUUUUUUUAAUCGUGUUUGUAAUUAAAAAUAGGCUCUCUGAAUCUGUGGUGAUCUCAUUUGAUACUUUCAUUUUGGAUGCCUAAAGAUUAGUGUUAGCAGACUCGCUGCAUCAGAAACACAAACUGCCUUUCUUUUAGCAUCAUUUCUGCUCUCAAUGUUAUUGUUAGUUAGCUUCUAUUGUUAGUCUUAAAAUCUGUGUAGCAUGACUGAAGUGAGAUUUUUGAUGCCAAUACUAACUUUUUUUUUUCUUAUCCCACAAACACAGAGUCUACUAAGAUUAAAUUUGAAUCACCUUAAUUUAGUGAUUUAAAAAUUGAGCUGGGAUAAGUUUAUAUCCCCGCUAACUUACUUAAUGCCUGCACUGUUUAUUAAUGAUUUUAGUCACACUUCUGGCAUUUCUCUCCUGCAGUUUGAUGAAACAUAUUUGAUGUGUUAUACACUUGUACUGAAACAUCUAUAUUUGACUCUAGUGAGGACCACAGAUUCUUAGGGGUGCUAAUGCAACAAAAAUAUUCCGUUUAAUAAAAUUAAAAGGCUUUGUCAGUUUAGGUGUCACACUUUUAAUUAUAUCAGCUUAAAUCAUGUUAAAUUUUUCUGUUUUUAAGAUUUUGUUUUUGAACACUGCAUUUUACAAGUUCCGGAUAAUUUUUUGAUGCAUUUCAACUUUUUUGUUCACAAUUUGGUAAUAAAUCCUAUAUUUUAGUAAUUCCUUACUCUACUUCUACAACUGUCACACCACAGUUGUAACCUAAUUGACCUUUCUUAUAGUGUAAUAUUCAUCAGAAGUGUAUAAAACGCACACAGGCAAGUUUUAAAUGAACAACUUCCACCAUGCAGCAACAUUACUCACACACAGACCUGUGAAAUACACUGUUUUUUGAUUUCUUGUUUAUACUGAUGUUCUACUGUCCAUCAGAACGAGGCUUUGUCCCACUACCUGUUACGAGAUUGUAUUGUAGCACGGGAAAAUAAUAUAUCUUUUUUUUUUUUCUCUCUCAGGCUUUUUGUUUUCCCUUUUGUAUUUGUCUUUUUUGCACACUUUUUAACUGACAGUUUUAUUUGAAAUCCUUUAUUCAAUGAUACUUUGUUGAACACUGACAGCCAGGAUUCUAGCCAGUUAUCAAUAAAUGGGCCAAUAUAUACCAUAAAUAUACAUCAUUUUAGUGGACCAUUAGUGAUUCCUUUUUUUUUUUUUUUUUUUUACACAUCAUCUUUAUUUGUUUUUGCUUUUGUGUUGUUUUUUUUAAAUAUAUAUUGGUUAAAUUAGACACACAAAAAAAACUUAAAAUCCACUGAUAAUCUGUAUUUUUAUAUGAUUGUUUUGCACCAUUAGCUGUUUUUAUUUUUACUCCUUCUGAUAAUACGGUGAUCAGCUUGCAAUGUUAUUUUACCCAGAUUGUUACAUUGCUAUUACUCCCAUAAAAGCCUACAUAAUAAGUUAUUUAAAGUAACUGUGUUAGUAGAAGAGGAUGUUUUCUCAUUUAGCUGAUGUAAGACAAGAUAAUGGAUGCAUGUAUUUAUUAAUGAUGGAAUGUCUGCUCAUUAGUUUGCAUUUGUUUUCAAAUGCACCACAGCGUCUGGAAAGGAACUCUCCUUUUGAAUGAUUUCAUGAUCUUUUCAGCAUUAAGCCAGCUCGGUCUAGGAUUUCAAUUGUUUGAAGGUUGCGUGUGUGUGUAUGUGGAUUAAGUUAUAAUGAAAAACAAACUUUUUACUGUCAGUAUUUCAUUAACAGGUGAUUUCAGACAAACCUGCUUUAGAGUCACUGUACACAGCUUCAACUUUUAAGUUUGAAUGAAGAGUGGAUUUUGCACUUUGACGGUAUCUUUGCUUUUGUUGGUAGGAUUUAUGACGACUGUUGUCAGUGUUUAUUUUCUGUGUAUUCCGGCAAAUCAGACUUCACAUUCAGUAAAGUGGAUAUAAAUACAA